AUGUCCGUGAAAAGGAACACCCAGACACAAAACCGACGGUCUUUGAAGGGGAAAGGCGCAAUCGUCUCUGUCAGCGAUAAAAAACCUGGGCAGCAAACAGCUGGGGGAUCGGCUGCCACAGAUGCAACCCGUUGUGAAGGAGAGACAGUUUCCAACGUUGCAGGUAACAGUGUGAACGAACAUGAGCACACUUCCAACCAGCAACAGCCCAGCGAGGUGAGUGCAAACCAAAAGGGUGUUUGUGUCACCGUCCCACCCCUUGGGGUAGGUGUACGACAUAGUAAGGAGGAUAAAGAAGGGAGGUUACACGUUUCACUACUUCCUGGGUCCCGAAAGGAAGGCCUGGAGGUGACGGAGGACGAUACCCCUAAACACAGCUCCACAACCUGUGGAGAUACGUUAAGUUCAUAUGGACAAGCUCAAAACGACAGCCAAGUGGACGAUACGGCUACAAUACACUCAAACGAGCGUAUGGCACUGUCUCAGGAGGGGGAACCCCACAUUGAGCAGUACUGUGACCGCUCAGAUGAUACAAAAGGUGACCCACAGGCCACUCCACGCAACUUUGGCACCACUUUGGCCGCACCGGCCACAGACUGCUCAGCAAGCACAUCACCCCAUGGCGAAGGAGGAAAACAAUCACUCCCAACGGAAGAACAUGCAUUUGCCUCAUCUCCUCCACUCCCUCCAGGGAAGUGCAGAGGCACGUCGGAGGGGGACGGGGAAAGGGCGGACAGGGGUGCAGUUGUUGAGUCAAGGCAACGUGGGGACAUACAUUUUCAAACGCAAGGAAUGUGUGAAGUCCAGCCGUGUCCGGCGAGGGAGCGUUUGAAACCAUUGCCCGUAGGAGAAACUUGUGCUACCGCCACAACAAAGAAGGAAAACGACCUCCAGAGUCAGAAGGAUCUUCUUUGUCCCGGUGCCGAUAGUUUACAAAUAGCAACGAAACACUGCGACCCUCCUAGUAGUCAUUCUAGUAGCUACACCUUCACUCCUGAGGUGUCGCUGGCGCUCUGCCAGCUGAUCGACAGUAAUGUUAUUGCGCCCCUGUCGAAAAAUGUUGAGGAGAUGGCUCUGCACCGUCGAAUGCAACUGAACCGUCUCGCGGGGUACCUCAAUGAUGCCAUCAAUAAUGUAGCAUGGGGAAAGGGGGUAAAUUAUGGGGAAAAACGGUACUAUGUUUUUGGUAGUCUGGCAUCAGGGACUGUGCUGCCCGACGGUGAUAACGAUAUGACGAUUGAGGUGGACGGGCUUUUGAAUCCAACCAAGAUUGAGACGCAAAGCGAAGCCCAUGCUGAUUCUUCUGAUGGCGCAGCUGGAAGUAGUUGCAGCAGUAGCAUCAGCGGCACAUCGUCUCAAGCGACCACUGUUGCGGGUGGUGAAUUGCUCUCGAGCGUGGCGGACUACCUUCGGGAAAACAACAAGUCUGUGUAUGUCGACACUGUUGUUGUUGCUGAAGUUCGUGUCUUAAAGCUUGUAAUGGACGGAAGCAGCUACGAUAUAACGGUAGGGCAACUUGGGGGUGUCAGUUGCAUACGUUUUUUGCACGAGAUGGACAUGAAGAUCGGAUGUAACCACCUUUUGAAGCGAACUCUGCUGCUGAUGAAAGCGUGGUGCUGCUACGAGGCGCAUGUUCUCAGUGGCCAGGGAGGGUACAUAUCCUCCUACGCGGCUACUGUGAUGAUUAUUUCUAUGAUAAACACUGUUGAGUUUCUUGAAGAUGUGGAACGGGAAGAGCGAGGCGGUGAAGGCGACGGAAAACAUCUGGAGGAGAGGCAGCGUGGAGAAUAUCAACACAUCUCGCCGCUUCAGUUAUUUGCGCGCUUCCUCAAAUAUUUCAGUUAUUUUGACUUUGAAAGUUACUGCCUCACGUUGUUUGGUCCUGUUCCGUGCGACAAAAUAAAUAAUGUGCCAUUAGACCUCGAUCUUGUUGAGUCACAGGUGGAGCACUUCCAACAACCUGGCGGCUCAGCUGUGUUUGGUCUAACAGCCGAAGGUCAGGAGGCGUUGGGGCAUUGCCUUCGCCGACGUGCUAAGCAGCUCAUAACUCCCAGGGAAUUAAAGAGGAUGCUAUCACAGGAAAGUCACCGUCCUCAACGGGGAAAGGCGGGGCACUUCCCACCCUGCGCCCAGGCUAACAAAUCGCACCCCAGCAGCAACACUCCGGAGAGCUUCACGCCUGAAGCGAGAAAGGAACAUGCCGUCAGCCGCGGCCACGCGGACGAUGGCGGACGAGCAUCGGGCCCCGUGACAACCACAGUUAACUUUCCCCUUCGAACUAUGAAUGUCAUGGAUCCGCUGCGGUGGGGUUCAAGUGUGUGUCGGGGCGUUUGCCGCAACCACCUUCAGCGUAUUUAUCGUGCUUUUCGGGAGGGUCUCGUUCUUUUUAAAAUGGGAUCGGCGAAGCUUGCGCAAUCUCUGCCGACUUCUCGGGGCCCGAGCAGCGGGCUUGGUAGCGGUGUCACGGGCAGUGUAACACGCGAACCGCAAUUCUCUGGGGCACUGGGCCACUAUUUGGUGGAUGCCGCAGCGUACAACAGAUGUGUAGACAUGACGGGGCACAGCAUUCUCCAUGAACUCUUCGGCCAGACUUUGUACUAUGUGCAGCGUUACUGUCCGGAACAUUUGCCGGUAAGACCACGUGUGGCUCUAACAAGCUGCAAACAGUGUUCGCAACCAACAUUUUUCUGCGUUCCCAAUGUACAACAAGUAUUGGAACCACAGUUUCUUUUCGACUCCCAGGAAAGGGUACUCGGAAGCAAUGACGAAUUUGAAGGGAGAAGCAGCCAACUGUCGACUCCAUCUGACAAUGCUUAUAUCUCCCAUCCUGGUCUUGGAGUUCUGAAGAACCAGCAGCCAAGGCAGCAGCACCCUUCCUAUCAUUCGGUGAAGACUGUGCCCGGUCCACUCCCUGUGAGUUGCCCUCCUCCCACUACAUCCCUGUCACCCGCAGCUCCCGCAAAUCCUUUGCAACAUACCAAUUGCACAGAUGGGGGUGCAUGGCUGGGAGGAGCGGGGAGUCAAGUCCACGGAAAACCCACAGCGAAUUCAAUGUCAACACGGAACCAGUUAUUACGUGGAACUCCGCUUAUGCGGGUUGGUUUUAGGAAUGUAGGCACUCUGCGAAACCAUUGCACAGCGCCACCCGCAAUGCCUUUGGGGGGAACCUUUCCGUACAUGCAUGAUGUUUCUCCCUUCCCGUGUUACCCCACAGGACCUGGGAGAGCUCCAGAAGGAGCACAUUACUCGACAAAAAAGCUAAGGGAGGAUGAGGGGUUCAUGAUGAAUUUUGUGCCUCCAUAUCUUUCGCGUGGCCAACGCUUCUACGACCCGAUAGCACCCUUGGGUCAAGGAGGUAUGUAA